AUGGACUGGGACGCCCUGCGCGACGCGGCCCUCGUCCUCCCACCUCCCUCGCCUCUCCCCCCACCGCAAGCCCUCCCUCGAGCCCACCUCCUCGCCCAGCACGCCCAACUCGCCGAGCAGGAGCGCCGACUAGACCGCGAGGGCCAGGUCCGCACCCGCAAGGUCGUAGUCGGCCCGGGCAAGCACUUCUCGGCCGCGCCCAGCGCCGCGUCGCUCCGACCGUGCCAGCUCUCCGACCCCGACCUCGUCCUCGACAAGCCCGCAAGAGAACGCAUCCUCGUCGUCCGCAACCUCGUCGCGCCAGUCCGCACUGCCGCCGUCCAGCUCGUCGUCGAGGACUGCACCGGUCGGGCCGUCCCGCUGUCGAUCUACCACGUCCCUGCACGCUACGAUCAACGCGAACUCAAAGAGCUUUGGCCCGUCGGCGCCCUCUACGGUAUAAAGGAGCCGCUCCUGCGCAGCCUGCGCUCGGGCUUUCACGUCCGCGUCGACUCGCCGGCCGACGUCGUCCGCCUGUUCCCCUCGUCGCCGCUCGUCCAGCACCUCCCCUCGCCCUUUCCGCGCUCGCCCGCCCACGCCCUCGACGGCAAAGGCGUCUCUGCGCUCAAGGACGCCGGCAACGUCGCCUUCAAGGCAGGGCGGUGGAUCCGGGCGCGCGAGGCGUACGAGUGGUCGCUCGCGGCGCUCGAGCGGGGCGGCGGGACGGGCGCGAGCGCGGAGGACGAGCUCGGCGCGACGGUGCGGUCCAACCUCGCCCUCGUAUACCUCGAGCUCGACUUCCCUGCCGCAGCUCGGCACGUCGCCGAGCGGGCGCUGCACCUCGUCCCGCCGCCCAUCGGCGUCGACGAGCCGCCGUCGCCCUUGCGCGCCAAGCUCGUUUACCGCCUCGCGCUCGCCCACUACGCCCUCGAGGCCUACCCUCCCUGCCUCGACGCCCUCGCGCCGCUCCUCGCCCUCAUCCCUCCCGAUCCUCUCGCCGCCGCCCUCGCCGAGCGCGCGCACGCCCGCACCGUCGAAGCCGCGCAAGGGCCCUCGCCGGCCACCCUGCGCGCCCUCUUCCGCGCCGCGUCCUCGACCACAACGGGAGGCGCGAGCAGCAGCGUCGUCGCACCGCCCGACGUCGCAGACUACGCCUCGCCGCUCAUCGGCGUGCGCCCCUCGCCGACCGACCCCUCGCGCGGCCGCGCCCUCGUCGCGCUCGCGCCCAUUCCGCGCGGCAUGCUCGUCGCGUGCCUCAAGCCGGUCGUGCUCGGCGGCGGGCCGGCGGCUGCGAGAGCGGGCAGGACGGCGUACUGCGCCGGGGGCGUCGCGGCCGACGCGUCGCGGGCAGAGGGCGCCGUCACCUUUAACGCGUUCAGCGUCGAGGACCUCGCGUCGUCGCUGCCCGGCGCCCGCCCAUCCGCCUCGACCGCCAACCCCGACCUCGACCACCGCCCCGACGACCCAGACGACGCCGAGGGCUUCCACUCCCUCACGGCUCUCUACCCUCCCCUCGCCUCGGCCCUCAACCACUCGUGCCUCCCCACCGCCUCGUACACCUUCCUCGGCACCCUUUUCCUCCUGCGUACCCGCGUCGACCUCGCCGAGGGCGACGAGCUCACCGACAGCUACGCCGACGCGACCGACCCGCUCGACGUGCGCGCGAGCAAGCUUGCGCCGCACGGGUUCGUGUGCGCGUGCGCGCUGUGCGGCGAGGAGCGAGGGGCGGGCGAGCGGACCCGCAGGGAGCGCGAGGGGCUCGUGCGGCGGCUCGACGAGGAGGAGGAGCGAGGGCGGGAGGGGCGGGCCGAGCUCGAGCGCGUGAGGGGCAUCAAGCGCGCGCUCGAGGGGACGUACAAGCGCGGCGGCGGCGGCAAGGAGGGGGGCGACGAGCGCGCGAGGGUGCGCCCGCCGCUGUACAGCGCCGCGCGGCUCCUCGCGCAGCGGCUCGUCGACUCGCCCGGCGGUGCGACACCGGCGCAGCUGCGCGAGGCGGUCGAGACCGAGGUCGAGGCGCUGCGGGCGCUCGGGGCCGAGUUCGAGCCGGGCGAGGGCGGCGGCGGCGGAACCGGCAAGAAGAAGGCGGAGGAGGGAGCGAGGUGGGAGGCGGCGAGGAUGGCGCGACCGCCGCUCGUCGGCGACACGAACGCGGUGUUGAGCGCGCUGUUCAUCGCGAGGGUGUGGCGGGACCUGGGACGGGACGAGGGGACGAGGCACUGGAUCGCCCUCGCGCGCGAGAUCGAGGCGGGCCAAGCGGGCGUCGAGCUGUUCGAGCUGCGGUACGGCCCGUUCGCUCGCCGGUACGGGCUCGACCUCGAGCAAGAGGCGAAUUUGACCGUCUUGAGCGACUGAGCGUGCGAUGCAGCCGUCUCGAGGUC